CCGAUAGAACAAUCACCAUUUGAAGUUCUUUCCUUCUGUAACUGUAUUAACUGUCCCUGCCCUAUCAAUAUGCAGAAAGCUUGGUUUUACGAGGAGUAUGGUCCCAAGGAAGCCCUCAAGCAGGGAGACUUCCCUGUUCCUACUCCCCUCCAUAACCAACUACUUGUCCAAGUUCGAGCUGCUGCUUUGAAUCCUAUUGAUUUCAAAAGGCGGCAACGACCCAUUUUUCCUUCAGAUUUUCCUGUGGUCCCUGGCUGUGACAUGGCUGGCAUAGUGGUAGGAAAAGGUGGUGGUGUUACCAAGUUUGAUAUAGGUGAUGAGGUUUAUGGCAACAUUCAAGAUUUCAAUUCAGGAGAAAAAUUAAAGCAGCUUGGAACUCUGGCAGAGUUCAUAGUCGUGGAAGAGAGUUUGGUUGCAAAAAAACCAAAGAAUCUUUCAUUUGAGGAAGCUGCCAGCUUGCCUUUAGCAGUUCAAACUGCAAUAGAAGGAUUCAAAACAGCAGGUUUUAAGGAAGGGCAAACAGUUUUUGUAGUUGGUGGAGCAGGUGGUGUUGGAUCUUUGGUUGUUCAACUGGCCAAGCACUUGUAUGGAGCUUCUCAUGUUGUUGCUACAACUAGUACUCCAAAGGUGGAAUUCGUCAAAAGCUUGGGUGCUGAUGAAGUUGUUGACUACACAAAGACUAGAUACGAAGACAUUGAAGAGAAAUAUGAUUUUCUCUAUGGUACAAUCGGCGACUGCAAGAAUUCUUUUGUGGUAGCUAAGGAUGACGCCCCAAUGGUUGACAUAACAUGGCCUCCAUCUCAUCCAAGAGCUGUUUAUUCAAGCUUGACAGUGUCUGGUGAUAACUUAGAGAAGCUUAGGCCAUAUUUGGAGAGCGGAAAGCUUAAGGCUGUGAUCGAUCCGACCGGUCCCCAUGCUUUUGGAGAUGUAAUUGAAGCUUUCCGGUAUCUAGAAACUGGAAGAGCAAGAGGAAAAGUUGUCGUCUCCCCCUUUCCUUCACAUCAUUUCCCUUCUUCUAUUCCAUCCGAGGGCAAGAACAUUAAUGUAACAUCUGAAAUGGUUCCUCAGAAGCUCUGUUCAGUGUUCACUGGGUUGUGAGUACAUAGCAUGUCAUAACAUGUUUUAAACCAGCUAUAUAUUCUUCUUCCCCUUUCCCUGGUCUUCCCCAUAUUAAAUUAAAAAAAAAAAAAAAAAAA